GUCUAGUUCAUUAAAGUGUGUUUGCACGCCAGGGUUAUUCACCCGCAUGGAUGGAAAGGCCGCGCAUGUUCGGUGCUCCGGCAGGACCGUGGAUUCGUUGACCCAUGGUGCACUUAAAGAACAUAAGAGCACAUGAUUGAUUUCAUCUGAAGACAUGUCUGAAAGCCUUCGAAAGACCCUCGGCUUUGAUUUUGACUUUGAUAAAUUUGGAUCGGACGAUGACAUUGAGGAGGCAUCCGGCGCCGCGACCGCCGCCGGCAUCACCGGCAGCCAGGCGCGGCCCGUCCCCGGACAGAGCUCGCCCGAGGACGAGGACCGCUUCGACUCGAUGGGCGACUCGGCCGACCACGUGCUCGCCCAGUACAUGGAGAUGGCCAAGACGCCGCCGCGCGCCACCCGCCGUCAGAAGGAGAAGAAGGCGUACCGAAACCAGGCCCAGGCCGCCAGCAAGCACCUGAAGGCCACACUGAAGCGCCGGUCUUCCUUGGACAAGUUCAUGUCUUUGCCCGUCUUCUCCGAGAAUCACGAGGAGAGCGGUAACGACUCGCUGGAUUUGACGAAGGAGCCGGCUGGCGAGCCGCCGCCGGCGACCGCGCUCGAUGACGUGUCGGCGGCGGAGAACAGCCGCCAGAACCCGCGCCGCCGCCACCGGCAGCUGCACAAGGAGCGGCGUGCCGACCGCCAGCUCAAGCAACACGCCUCGGGCGAGUUCAAGUUCGUCGUAGGGGCGCCGGUGCCCGCCUCGGACGACGACAUCGCCGACGACCACUGCAGCAGCAUGAAGGUGGAAACGAGCAGUUGCUUCCUGUCGCUCUCGUCCAAGCCGGUGUGCCAGGGCCCGUCGCCGACAGCGACGCCGCGACAGCCGCGCGGCCGGCGGCGCAUCUCGAUCGAGGAGCUGGCCGCCGGACCAGCCGACGACGACGAGGAGGGCUCGUGCGCCACCGACCGCGCCGAGUUCCAUCAGCACCUGACCAAGCUGGUCCGGUUGGGCUCCACUGAGGAGCGGCACGACCACAGGAAGCGCUCGCGCGAGGACAUCCGCUACCAGAACGAGCUGCAGGACGUGCUGUGGCUGGCGCUGCAGGCCUACCACAGCGGCGAGACCAUGCACACCACCGACCAGACGCUGUGUCGCGAGCGUGCGCGCCUGCCCGACCUGGUGGAGCGCGUGCAGCAUUUCCGGUUCCGGCCGGCCGCGGACGCGGCGCCGGCGUGCGGCGGCUGCCUGAACGUCUGGUGCCGGCCCUGUCUGGACAACCAGCGACUCGCGCUUGAGCAGGUGGCAGCGCUCAUCGAGCGCAUGGACGCAGCCGAGCGGCUCUACCCGUCGAGCAAGAAGCUGCGCCAGCAACAGCCGACUUUCUGCGACGCUGAGUUCCGCCGCCGGCUCAAGACGCUCUACUUGUGGCACAACCUGACCAGCCAGCUGUGGAUGCGCAUGCGCAUCAUCCGCCAGUACCUGAAGGGCAUGGGUGCUGGUCAUCUGCCGUGGCCGGAGCUGGUGCCCGACCCGGUGGCGGUGGCCAGUCCUAGCGACAGCAUCAGCAGCGCACGCGAGCCGGCCCGGCCCGACACCGGAUCUAGCAGGCCGGACGACGUGCCGGUCGUGUCGCCGCAGGACCGGCCGCCGCCGCGUGUCAAGUUCAAUAUCAGCGCGUCCGAGUCGUCCAGCGCCAACCCGUCCGACUCCAACAGCUCCAACACGUCCGACAGCGGGGCCGUCACCUCCAGUCGCGACGCCGGCGCCAGCUCGGAGCCGGACCCGGACCGGGCGCAGAAGGAGCCGCGCAGCUACCACUGGUCGGUGAGCACCGCCUCCUCCGAUCUGGCCGAGAGCGACGCCGACAGCAAGACACCGUACAGGAGGUGCGUGGAAAAGCUCCUGAAGACCAAGGGCCUGAAGAAGACCCUCUCCAAACUCAUAAAUCACCUGAAGAGCGCCCUCGACCAGACGCACAUGGCCCUGCUGCCGCCCGACGAGCAGAAGGACGGCUCUCCGUCGGGCGAGGUGUACACCAGCAGCGACGGCUCGUCACUGGGCAUGGACGACCACACGGCGCUCGAGCUGCGCGAGUACGGCGAGGAGUCGGCCACGUCGCGCGAGAUGAACCUGCCCUCCUUCAAACCGGUGUACACGUGGCUGAACCUGGUGCCGCUGGAGGUGACGCACGAGUGCGUCAAGAUCCGGCUGCAGCAGCAGCCCAAGGAGCCUUCCGCCCUCAGCAUCCGUCAGCUCAUCACCGAGUGCAAGGAGGCGCUGAAGGCGGCCGUGGUGGUGCGCCAGAGGUUCAUCCGCCGCAUGCGCGCCAUCCGACCCACGCCCAGCAGCGAGCUCUGCAUGACCAAGCUGGACCUGACGCUCGAGUCAUUCGACGCCGACGUCAAGCAGAUGCUGGAGGUCUACCUGUACUACAUCAAGCGGCUGCUGCUGAUGAUGCAGGGCGAGAUCGAGGUGUCUGCCGCGCAGAAGAACCUGCUGGAGGAGGAGUGGGCGUUCGCCAAGUGCAUCUGCCCGCACAUCGCCAGCGGGGAGGCGAUCGCCGGCAGAAACUUCUGCUUCCUGGUGAGUGACAUCCUGCCGACCAUCGGGGACCUGCUGGAGAACGGCAUCGACACGUGUAUCGCCAGCCUGCAGCGCUCCUUCAGCGUGCCCGGCGGAACCGAGGCACAGAGGAGCAGGCUGUCGACGCUGAGCACGCUGCGCGAGUUCCGCGGCCUCUUCCAGGAGGCGCAGGAUCGCGCGCUCAAGGUGCUGCUGUUCGCCAAGCUGCUGCGCCGCGACCUGGAGAUCGCCGCCGAGUUCUCCAUCCGCAGCACGUCGGCCGGCAUCCUGGCGCGGCUGGCGGCCACCGGGCACGUGCGCGUCAUCGCGCCGCACAGCCAGAACCACGUCAUCUUCAUACCGGGCAGCAUCCGCAUGGACCGGGCGUACGUGUGGCAGCUGCUGGACAUGACGCUGAGCCGCCAGGACUCGCGCAAGCCCGCCGAGGUCGGCUACCUGGUGCUCAUGGCCUGCCACGACUGCGGCGACGUCGACAGCGUGUGGACCGGCACCACCAUCCACCUGGAGCCCACCGCCGAGACCACCAUCACGCUCAGCUACGUGGAGGUCAAAGGUCUGCUGCUGGUGGUGAACAACGCCAGCCACCUGGCGCGCGCGCGGCGGCCGUUCCAGCGCGCCAUGGGCUCGUGCCUGACGCUGGAGCGGGACGAGACGCCGCCCAACCGCGCCAUCACGGACGCCCUGGACGAGCUCAAGGAGGAGGCGCUGAAGCUGCGCAAUCUGGUGGCCAACAGUGUGGCGCUGGUGGAGGAGAAGUGCUCGGCGCUGCUGGCCGACCCGCACGGCACCUCCCUGGCCGCCCGCUGUCGCGAGGUCGUCCAGCAGUGCUUCAAGUUCUCCUUCGAGUACCACAAGGAGAUGGUGCGUCUGAUCACGGGCGAGCGCCGCGCCGAGGUGGGGCCGGCGCUGCUCGACGUGGCGCGCCAGUGGAUCCGCUACGUGCUCGAGUACUGCCCCCGCGGCCAGGGCCUGCGUCCGCGCUGGGCCAAGGAGGGCUUCGAGUUCGUCAGCCUCUGCACCGAGCCGCACUUCACCAUGCACCUGGAGGACGCCGAGUUCCAGGCGUUGCAGGCGGACGUGACGCGCUGCAUGCGCCACAUGCAGGGCCCGGGCUCGUGGGCCGCCUCGUCGCCGGCGGGCGGCACCCACUCGCGCUCGGCCUCGCCGGCGGACGUCAGCCGGCCUCUGUACCGGGCGCCGCGGCCCGGCGCGCCGCCCGCCACCCUGCCGCUGGCCACAGGGCUGGCCGGCCGGCGCGAGUCGCUCGAGCGCGGCCUGAGUGAGCUCGGAAGCCCGUCCGGCUCCAGCCUGAACCUGCUGCCCAGCUCGGGCCGCAGCGAGCUGGGCAGUCCGCUGGGCUCCAGCGCCAGCGGCCUCAACCAGCUGCAGGGCUCCGUGUCGCCCAGCCGGCUCUCGUUGGACGGCCUGUCGCUAAUCAGCCCGCUGGAGCGAGCACGGCUGGCAGUGCUGGAGCUGGACGAGCGGCGGGACGAGCUACUUCGCGACCAUCGCCGCAUCGGCGCCGUCAGCGAGCGGCGCGCCGACCGCAUCCACAUCAAGGCCAAGACGGUCGGCUUCUCCUGGCAGAUGGGCUUCCUCAUCGGCCAGGGUCGCUUCGGACGCGUGUACACGGCCGUCAACAACAAGACCGGCGACCUGAUGGCCAUGAAGGAGAUCCACCUGCAGCCCAACGACCACAAGACGAUCCGCUCCGUGGCUGAGGAGCUCAAGAUCCUCGAGGGCAUCAACCACAAGCACCUCGUCAAAUACUACGGCGUUGAAAUUCACAGGGAGGAGAUGUUCAUCUUCAUGGAGUUUUGCGGCGAGGGCACGCUGGAGAGCCUGUCGGCCUCGGUGGAGUCCGGACUGCCAGAGCACCUGAUCCGACGCUACACCAAGCAGCUGCUGUCGGCCGUCAGCUGCCUCCACUCCCACCACAUCAUCCACCGCGACAUCAAGGGCGCCAACGUGUUUCUGACGGACGAGUGCCGUCGCCUGAAGCUGGGCGACUUCGGCUGCUCAGUGAAGAUCGUGGCGCACACCACCAUGCAAGGCGAGGUCAAGGGCCUGGUCGGCACGCCCGCGUUCAUGGCGCCCGAGGUGUACACCCGCUCGAGCGGCGAGGGCCAGGGCCGCGCCGCCGACAUCUGGUCCCUGGCCUGCUGCGUCGUCGAGAUGGCCACGGGGAAGCGGCCGUUCCCUGAGCUGGAGGACACGUACCAGAUCAUGUUCCGCGUGGGCAUGGGCGGCUCGCCGUCCCUGCCCGACAAGCUCUCGGAGGAGGGCCGUCAGUUCCUGGAGCUCUGCUUCGUGCACGACCCCAAGAAGCGCGCGCAGGCCCACCGGCUGGAAGACCACCCGUUCGUGAAGGUGGAGUCGGACGGCGACGAGUACCUGAGCUCGCUGCCGCAGUCACUCAUGUCCGGCUUCGUGCGGCCCGGCGUCACGUGAUGUCGGCCCGGCCGGCUCCUCGGCGGCGGAGGUGGCCAGGUGGCGCGUCCGGCCAGUGGCGGCUGACGGGCGCAUGGUGGGCGCACGCGCCGGCAGCUCACGCGUCGGCUGCUGGCGCAACCGUUGCGCAGACGGCGUCCGCGUUUGGGUGGCGCGUGUUUACUCAGUAGUGGGCACCCGCGCUGGGCGGGUCAGCUCGAGUGGCCAGUGUGGGUGAUGCUGACAUGGAGGCGGGCUCGGUGGGGCGCGGCUAGUUGUCCAUUUUACCUCUGUGACGUCACGUCACCUCUGUGACGUGUGCAGUCCACCUUUGUUAUCCCUAUAUUGUUUAUCAGGUCCGGCGUGGCGCAUGCCCGGGGUUAUGAGGGUAUCGACUAGUCCGCGCCCUCGGGAAGUGCGCGCUACUUGGCAGUCGGCCGUCGGCCACUGCACGGCGGGCAUCAGCCAGUGGACGCGCAUCAAGCUGACGGCUGUGACGGAGGCGUCGUUGUAGCUUCUGACGUGCAGCAUCGCGGCGAUGCCGUGUGUUUUACGCAAUAGUCACCCGCGGAUGAGGACCGAGUGUAGCGAACCCCACGCGAGUGUGAUCGGGUUUUACGUAUCCUGCGAUGUCGUCCCGGCGUCCGCGCCCGCCUGCCCACAGCGUUUGGAUUGUUAUAGCCGUCGUUGUCAGUGUGUCGGCCUGCUGGUAUGGAACUCCGGCUAUUGCCGCGCCCGUGCGUGCCGAUGCACUCGGGGGGUGGCACGGAAGUGGUCCACCAAUACAUAUAUACCUAC